AAACCUUUACGUUGUUUCUGGCUGCAGUAUGGCUUGCCACCUCACACCUUCAACCUGCAGUAUAAUACCCGGCAGAGCCCGCAUGGCUCCAUCGGGCCCGCCCAUUUCGCAGGGCAUGAGGAUCCGGGGGCGCGUCAGCCAAGCCAGGCGGGUUGUCGGGGCCACCCCUGCAGCAGACAACAACGCUUGGGACACCCUGUCGAUUGACGAGCUGCAGCAGUGGGAAGAGACCGGGCCGCCCACGCCGCUGCUGGACACCAUCAAUUACCCUGUCCACCUCAAGAACCUGGGCCUGAACGACCUCAAGAAGCUCUGCAAGGAGCUUCGUGCGGACCUCAUCCACUCCGUUGCCAAGACGGGUGGGCACCUGGGGUCCAGCCUGGGGGUGGUGGAGCUGACGCUGGCGCUGCAUUAUGUGUUCAACACACCCGAGGACAAGAUCAUCUACGAUGUGGGCCACCAGGCGUACAUCCACAAGAUGUUGACUGGGCGGCGCAGCAAGAUGCACACCAUCCGCCAGCAGGGCGGUCUGUCAGGGUUCACCAAGCGCAGCGAGUCGCCCUAUGAUCCCUUUGGCGCCGGCCACAGCUCCACCUCCAUCUCAGCCGCGUUGGGCAUGGCCGUGGGCCGCGAUGUCAAGGGCAGGAAGAACAAUGUUGUGGCGGUUAUUGGCGACGGUGCCAUCACUGGCGGCAUGGCUUACGAGGCCAUGAACCACGCCGGCUUCCUGGACACCAAUAUGAUUGUCAUCCUAAAUGACAACCAGCAGGUGUCCCUGCCCACCCAGUACAACGGCAAGAACCAGGAGCCGGUGGGCGCGCUGUCUUCGACGCUCGCGCGGCUUCAGGCCAACCGCCAGCUGCGCGAGCUGCGCGAGAUUGCCAAGGGCGUGACCAAGCAGCUGCCGGGCGUCAUCCAGAACGCCACCGCCAAGAUUGACGAGUAUGCACGCGGCAUGAUCAGCGGCACGGGGAGCACGCUGUUCGAGGAGCUGGGCUUCUAUUACAUCGGCCCUGUGGAUGGCCACAACUUGCAGGACCUCAUCGACGUGCUGUCAGAGAUCAAGACCACCGAGACUGUGGGCCCGGUUCUGCUGCACGUUGUGACCGAGAAGGGCCGGGGCUACCUGCCGGCUGAGAGUGCUUCGGAUAAGAUGCAUGGUGUGGUCCAGUAUGACACCGUCACUGGCAAGCAAGUGAAGGCCAAGAGCCAGGCCCAGUCUUUCACCAACUACUUUGCCGACGCGCUUGUUGCUGAGGCCAAGAAGGAUUCGCGCAUUGUGGGCAUCCACGCAGCAAUGGGCGGUGGCACCGGCAUGAACCGCUUUGAGAAGGUCUUUCCGGAGCGCGUGUACGAUGUAGGCAUCGCCGAGCAGCACGCAGUCACCUUUGCUGCUGGGUUGGCCUGCGAGGGGCUGGCGCCGUUUGUGGCCAUCUAUUCGUCUUUCCUGCAGCGCGGCUAUGAUCAGGUUGUACACGACGUCUCGCUGCAGAACCUGCCGGUGCGCUUCGCCAUGGACCGCGCUGGACUGGUUGGUGCGGAUGGCGCAACUCACUGUGGUGCUUUCGACGUGGCAUACAUGGCCUGCUUGCCGAACAUGGUGGUCAUGGCGCCCUCAAAUGAAGCGGAGCUGAUCAAUAUGGUGGCCACCUGCGCGGCCAUUGAUGACCGUCCAUCUUGCUUCCGGUUCCCGCGUGGCAGCGGAGUCGGAAUUGAUCUGGCCAGCGAGGGUAUUACGCCAGAUCUCAAGGGCACCCCAAUGCCAAUUGGCAAGAUGCGGCUGCGGCGCAGCGGCGCUGACAUUGCGCUGGUCGGCUAUGGCAAUCCAGUCAACGAUUGCCUUGCAGCUGCAGAGCUGCUGCAGCAGGCGGGAGUCUCUGCCACGGUCGUGGAUGCCCGCUUCUGCAAGCCGCUGGACACUGACAUGCUGCGGAAGCUGGCAAAGGAGCACCCGUUGAUGGUCACCGUGGAGGAGGGAUCCAUCGGCGGCUUUGCAGCGCAUGUGAUGCAGUUCCUGUGCCUGGAGGGCUUGAUGGACGGCAACUUCAAGUUCCGACCCAUGACCCUGCCGGACCGCUACAUUGAGCAUGGCACCCAGGCUGAGCAGCUGGCGGAGGCUGGUCUGAGCGCCUCUCACAUUGCAGCAACGGCACUGGCAGUACUUGGAUUGAAGAAGAAUUUGGUUGCGUAAGGCAGUCUGUUAUUGUGUUUGAGGUGUCGGCUUGAAUGUCCCUGCGCUGACAGUGUAACCCACUGCGAAGACUCCGGCGUUGCUGGCCGCCAUCGGCAGAAGAGCUGAAGACGCGCCUGCCGCCAGCUUCGUACAUGCAGCUGCGACAUGUGGAUGGUAGUGGUGUGUCAGCAGGCUCAACUCCCAAAAUGGCGCCAUCAGGGCGCCUGCCUCGGCAGGGUCUUUUGCCUCUGGGCGGUACCCAUGCGUAGAGGGCCCUCCCGCCUCAUGCUCCAGCAUGCCUUGCAGUCGCCGCGAGUGCCUGAACAUGCGUUGGAGAAGGCAUAGCAGGCCCAUUGCUAAGCCGGUGUCCCCGGCGGACAUCACGCCAGCCAGCAUACGUUUGGAGAAUGCAGCCUGGCGGGACACAUCCACUCCUCGUGCCUCCAACAUCAGGAGUUCCAGCACCCGAGGAGCCAGAAAGCAAACCUGCUCGCCAGCUUUGGCAGUGCCCGCUGCCAGCACCUCGCUGAAGAGUGCAUCAUCUCCAUCCUCCCUAUCCCCGCCAGCCGGGCCACUGCCAUUGCUGUGCUGCCUCCAGUGGUACUCCAUAAGUGGCAUUAGCACAGCAUGCUCAAUGGCACCAUAUACUUCGUAGUGGAAGCCGGCACCGUCUACUGCGCUUGCAUCACCCUGUCCA